UUCGCUUCCUCGUCCUCUUUGACGUGACGUUUCUCCACUAUCUUGCAUCAUCAGUGUGCGCAAUUAUAUCCAAGAUGGCGGCCAUGGAUUUAAGAGAUAACCUAUUGGGAAUAUCAUGGGUUGAUAGUGGGUGGGUUCCCAUUCUCAACCCCGGUAAUGUCCUGGACUACUUUUCCGAAAGAAGCAACCCAUUCUACGACCGAACUUGCAACAAUGAAGUUGUCAAAAUGCAGCGUCUCACCCUGGAGCACUUGAAUCAGAUGGUGGGAGUUGAGUAUAUUCUGCUACACGUACAGGAGCCAAUCUUGUACAUCAUCCGCAAACAGCAGCGGCAGUCGCCAACACAAGUUAUCCCCUUGUCAGACUUUUACAUCAUAGCUGGUGUGGUCUAUCAAGCACCGGACUUAGGAUCAGUCAUCAGCUCCAGAGUGCUAUCGGCUGUUCACGGUAUCCAGUCGGCAUUUGAUGAAGCCAUGUCUUACUGCCGCUACCACCCAUCAAAGGGCUACUGGUGGCACUUCAAAGACCAGGAGGACAGAGAGAAAACGAAACCGAAGUCGAAGAAGAAGGAGGAGCCCAGUUCAUUCUUCCAGAGGCAGCGAGUUGAUGCUCUACUGCUAGACCUUCGGAACAAAUUCCCCCCAACAUACUACCAGCCCAAACCAGGAGAAAAGCCAGUUCCAGUGGAGGUAAAGAAAGAAUCUGAUUUGCCUGCGGAAACAGUGAAACAAGAAGAGAGAGAGACUGCCAGCAAGACGCCAGCACCUGCCCCCCCAAGCAAACCUCCCCCUGAGAAACGAGCAAGACUGCAGUGAUGCAAUGACACAUACACACCCACCCACACACAGGGCUGAGAUCAUGAGGAUGAAGUUCCCAAAGACUGAGUUAAGACCGGGAUCAUAGGGCCUUAGGAAUGCCUGCCAGCAUUUCGGGUUGUGAAAUAUUUAUAUUUUCAAGGAUUUGGUUAGUUAUAUGUAUGCCAUUGGUCUGACAAUUCAAAUGUGAUAAGGAUAUUGUCUUUGCAUCCUUACAUUAAAAAAAGUCAUCAUACUUUGAUAUUGGGAGACUAAAUGAAUGAAAGAAUGUUUUUGAUUGAUUGGAUUAGUUUUUAUAUAUGAGUGACAUACUUUUGACAACCUUUUGAUGAACCUUUUGUAUGUGAAUAAAUAGAUGACACGAAAUAAAUGUACAUGAAAUGUG